UGUAUUAAACUGUUGCUUAACGCCAACCCCACCUCUCUCUCUCUUUUCUCUCAGCCUCAGGCUCUCUUCAGGUUUUUUCUAUUUUACUCUCUCUGUGAUUCUCUGCCCAGAGCGCAGUCCGUACACCAUUACACAUCUCUUUCUCUUUCUCUUUCUCUCCAAAUUCCAUGGAACAGUAUUCUUCUUCUUCUUCUUCAUCUUUUUCUUCUCCUUCUUAUGAUCCCACCACCUCCACCGACACCAAUCCUCCUCCCGACGCCGACACCGACACCACCACCUCUUCUUCUUCUUCUUCUUCUUCUUCUUCGUCGGCUGUUAAUCGGGCACUGCGACUUGUUCAAUCCGACGACGUUGAAUCGAAGCUUGAAGGGGCACGAGAAAUCCGACGCCUCACUAAGACCUCGCAGAGGUGUCGCCGACUGCUCUCUGACUCUGUUCUGCCUCUCGUUUCUAUGCUCCGAGUUCAUGACUCGCCCGAGUCCAAUGAGUCCGCCCUCCUCGCUCUUCUCAAUCUCGCCGUUAAAGAUGAAACGAAUAAGAUUAAGAUUGUGGAAGCUGGUGCUUUAGAGCCAAUAAUCGGUUUCCUUAAGUCACAGAAUUCAAAUUUGCAGGAGUAUGCAACUGCAUCUUUACUCACACUGUCAGCCUCCCCCAUUAACAAACCUGUCAUAAGUGCUUAUGGUGCCAUUCCCCUUCUAGUUGAAAUUCUUAGAUAUGGAAGCUCACAAGCUAAGGUGGAGGCCUUGAAGGCUCUUUCUAAUCUCUCAACGUAUACGGAUAAUGUUAGCAUCAUUCUUGCAACGAAACCAAUCCCUCCUAUUGUUGAUUUGUUAAAGACAUGCAAGAAAUCUUCGAAGACAGCUGAAAAGUGCUGUGCUCUGAUAGAAUCUCUAAUGGAAUUUGACGAGGGCAGAACUGCUUUGACAUCUGAAGAGGGUGGAGUUCUUGCAGUAGUUGAGGUGCUAGAAAAUGGGUCUGUCCAUAGCCGGGAGUAUGCUGUUGGUGCACUGCUAACAAUGUGUGAGAGUGACCGAUGCAAGUAUAGAGAACCAAUUCUUAAAGAAGGUGUAAUCCCUGGACUUCUCGAGCUCACUGUUCAAGGAACGCCGAAGUCUCAGACAAAAGCACAAACACUCCUCCGGUUACUGAGGGACUCUCCAUAUCCAAGAUCCGAGCUUCAACCAGACACGGUAGAGAACAUCGUGUGCAACAUUAUCUCUCAGAUUGAUGGGGAUGAACAAUCUGGUAAAGCAAAGAAGAUGCUAGCAGAGAUGGUGCAAGUUAGUAUGGAACAGAGCUUGAGACAUUUACAGCAAAGGGCUCUGGUAUGCACACCAUCUGAUCUGUCUAUCAAUAGUUGUGCUUCUGAAGUUUCUUUAAAAUGACAGUCUGGUUAUUAGCUUUGUUUUACAUGUUGUCUUGUGAGAUAAAAUUUUCCAUAGUAAAUCCGAAAAGAAGAGGGGGGAAAAAAAAAAAAGAUUUAUAGUGAAGGAUGCCAGUCCAGGCCUUUGUCGCGUUGUCGAGUGACUGGUAAUUGUCAAUAAACUGGAAAAACUGUACUGAGGUUGAAAGCAUAUUUUCUUAGUUUGUUUGUAAAGAAACUCUUUGUACUGUAAAUUGUGAAAAUUAGUGAGGUUUUGUAUCUCCAUUAUAUCUCAGAUGAUGGUUUUUUCUGUGAUAUUCUUGGAGUGUAAUAAUACAGAGCAAUAGAAAUCUUCAGCUUUUAGCUUUUACUUUGUGAAA